AUGGCUUCUCAGACCUUGCACGACGCAAAGAAAUCACAAGCCAGAAGAGCAUUACGGUCCCUAGCCAUAGGCAUCGCAGUUCCCUUCACCCUAACACUCACCAUAAUCAUUCUUUUCGGUUCAGGACGAAGGUACAACAGCAUAUCAAAGCCCUUCUGGUUUGCACCACUAUGGUUCAUUCACUUGGCUUCCUUAGGUUCAUCUUUCUUCAUGGGUCUUGCAGCAUGGUUAGUGUGGGCUGAUGGUGGCUUCCAAGGAGAAACCGACGCUAUGUCGCUUUACAUAGCUCAUCUUUCUCUCAGCAUCGUUUGGCACCCUCUUGUUCUCAUCAUGGGUGCUUAUUGGCUUGCUUUGCUUUCUUGCAUCGUCAACUUUGGCACCCUCUUUAUGUGCUACUUGAGGUUUAGAAAGGUUAAUCCUUUUGCCAAAGAUCUAGCCAAACCUUGUUUGGCUUUGGCUUUGUAUCUUUCUCUUGUUAGCUUCAAGUUGAUGUUUAUCUAA